AUAAAACUUACAAUCUAACAAGAAUGGGAACAUUAACACGCCGUUUUAAGAAAAUAGAAUCACGCAUCCGUCGUGGUGUGAAUACAUACAGGUCUACUGUAAGCUUAUGAUUCACGGGCCAUUGAAGGGCAACUGUAAAAAUAGACCUACAGAUUGUAUCUUUCGCCCACAUAAAGUCGGUAAUGUGAAGGGAUUCGACUUACCUCUCAAACCUGGACUUGACUGUUGUCGGACGUUUUCUUUCCUCAAACUGUUCAGCAUGUUCGCAGCGAGGCUGCUCCUGUCUUGUCUGCUUUUCAAAGAGGUUCAUGCGCUGUCAGGGUACUUCUGGCACAUCACGGAUCUCCAUUGGGACCCAACAUACAAACUGACCGAUGCCCCUGAGCUGGUGUGCGCGUCAAGCGGAAAACGACCCGCCGCCAAAGCGGGGAAAUUUGGAGACUAUGCUUGUGACUCGCCAUUGCAUCUUAUCAACUCCUCUGUGCAUGCCAUGAAGGAUAUUCUAUCAGACCCGGACUUCAUAGUGUGGACAGGAGAUGACACACCACAUAUACCUAAUGAGAGUCUGACAGAGGAUGAAGUACUGCACAUUAUCAGCAACCUCACUCAAAUCAUAAAACAGGUCUUUCCAAAAACUAAAGUGUACUCUGCCCUGGGAAACCACGAUUACCAUCCUAAGAGCCAGUUUCCUGCAGGCCCCAACCACAUCUAUAACAAAACAGCAGAGAUGUGGCGGGACUGGUUGGAUCCAGAGUCCCAAGCAACAUUUAAAAAUGGUGGAUAUUACACAGAAAAGCUGCUGAGUCGAACAGGUUUCAGGAUGCUGGUCCUCAACACUAACCUCUAUUAUGACCAGAACAAGCUGACCCAGGGCAUGGACGACCCGGCGGGCCAGUUUAGCUGGGCCGAUCAUGUUCUUACAGAGGCUGCCAACAACAAAGAGAGGGUGUACAUCAUUGGCCAUGUUCCCCCCGGUUUCUUUGAGAAGAAGAGACGUAAGCCGUGGUUUACACCUAAAUUCAACCAGCGAUACUUGGAUUUAAUUCAGAAGCAUCAUUCUGUCAUCCUCGGGCAGUUCUUUGGCCAUCACCAUACGGAUAGUUUCCGUAUGUUCUACAAGUCCCAGGACUCUCCUAUCAGUACGAUGUUCCUCAGCCCAGGGGUCUCACCAUGGAAAACAACACUUCCUGGAGUUGUGAAUGGAGCAAACAACCCUGGGAUUCGUAUCUUUGAAUAUGACACCCAAACGCUUCUGGUCAAAGAUGUGGUGACCUAUUAUCUGAACCUGACUUAUGCUAAUGCGGCCCAUGCACGCUGGGAGAAAGAAUACCGCCUCACAGAGAGCUUCAGAGUACCAGAUGCCUCCCCUGCUUCCAUGCACCAGAUUCUGGAGCGCAUUGCUAAUAACCACUGCCACCUACAGAAGUACUAUGAGUUCAACUCUGUCAGCUAUGACCUGACAGAGUGUAACAGUGACUGCCGGGUUGACCACGUGUGUGCAGCCAGAGAGGUAGACUUUCACAGGUAUGAACGCUGUCUGGAAAAAGAAGAGGCAGCUGCCAUUUGUGCUGGGUUCCUCCCGGUCCUCUCCGUGGCUUUAAGUCUGGUGUUGAGUAGUCGGUAAUGAUCAUCUAUUACAGAUGAUGUUUAAAAUAUAUUAUUGAAGCCUCAGGAAGUUAUUGGAUUAAAAAAAACUGAUUCAAGAUCAAUAGUUUUGUAUUUUUUGGCCAUGUAAAUAUUUGUUUAAAUGACAAUAUCAAUCUUUGGUGUGGCCUCUUUACCUUGGUUUACUGGUACUGGUUGAAUACUUUAUUUCCAGUAAAUUCGAAAAACUGUAUGGUAUGUUUGUGGCUCAAGAGGCUAAAGUACAAACCAUGAUACUGUGAUGUUCUGUAUCAAAUCCAGACUUUUGUGAAUCCCCCAA